GGGGCUGCGGGGACCCUCCGGCCGGGCUCAGCCCCCAGCCCGCGGCCAGCACGGCGGGACCCGGCGGGGGGGGGUGCCCUGAGCUGAUUUGAUCCUCAACUUAGCGAUUUUUAUUCUUUCCCCCCCUCCCCAUCUUGUAUUUUUUAUGGUUUUUUCUCUCGCUGGUUCCGAAGAGCCCGUAAGAGAGAGAGGGAGAGGGACGGGGGGAGGAGGAGGAGGAGGAGGAGGGAGAAUUAAGGAAGGGAAAAGAUGGCGAGUUGCAGGAGCAGCGUGGAGAAGGCAGCGUUUUUGUGCUGCUUCUUGCUGGCCGUGGGGAGCUUCACCUCCUGCGCCCGGCCCGAGGAGGAGGAGGAUGAGCAAGAAGAGCAGCGCUCCUGUCACGGUGCCUUUGAUCUCUACUUCGUCCUGGAUAAGUCUGGAAGUGUCAGAAAUCAUUGGACUGAGAUUUACUCCUUUGUGGAAAGCCUAGCUGAGAAGUUCAUUAGCCCAAUGUUGCGGAUGUCUUUCAUCGUUUUCUCUUCACGAGGCACUACAAUAAUGAAGCUAACAGAAAACAGGGAAGCCAUAAGACGAGGGCUCGACAUUCUUCAGUAUGAAGUGCCUGGAGGAGACACAUUCAUGCAUGAGGGAUUUAAAAGGGCAAACGAGCAGAUUUACCAGGAAUCCCAUGGAGGAGUUCGGACCGCCAGUGUGAUCAUUGCUCUGACGGAUGGAGAACUGCAAGACGUUCAGUUUUAUUAUGCAGAACAAGAAGCCAACAGAGCCAGAAGCUUUGGAGCUAUUGUUUAUUGUGUUGGAGUGAAAGAUUUCAAUGAAACUCAGCUGUCAACAAUUGCUGACAGCAUCGAUCAUGUUUUUCCAGUUACGGGAGGCUUUUAUGCCCUGAGAGGAACCAUUGAUUCAAUUCUCAAGAAGUCUUGCAUUGAGAUCCUGGCGGCUGAACCAUCGAGUGUUUGUGCAGGAGAAUCCUUUCAAGUUGUGGUAAGAGGCAACGGCUUUUAUCAUGCAAGAAAUAUCGACCAGGUGCUCUGCAGCUUCAAGCUCAAUGACAGCCUUACUAUCAAUGAAAAGCCAACCCUCGUCCACGAUACUUACCUACUUUGUCCUGCCCCAGUGAUAGAAGAUGCUGGGCAGGUGGUUUUCCUACAAGUCAGCAUGAACAACGGGCUAACGUUCGUCUCCAGCUCUGUCAGCAUCACCAGCACACAGUGUCUGACUGGGACCAUCCUUUUCAUCGCUCUCCUGAUUCUCUUCCUGCUGCUGGCUCUGGCUCUCCUUUGGUGGUUCUGGCCCCUUUGCUGCACAGUGGUGAUCAAGGAGCCACCGCCUCCACCACCUCCGGAGCCUGAAUCAGAUGAUGAAGAUGGAUUGCCAAAGAAAAAGUGGCCAACUGUGGACGCAUCUUAUUACGGAGGUCGAGGUGUUGGUGGGAUUAAGAGGAUGGAGGUGCGAUGGGGAGACAAGGGGUCAACAGAGGAAGGAGCAAAAUUGGAGAAGCCCAAAAAUGCUAUUAUUAAGUUGCCAGAACAGGAGUAUGAGCCAUGGGAACCCAAGCCAAAGAAGCCCCACGUGCGAAAGCCACCUUCCCGGCGGAAAUGGUACACGCCCAUCAAGGGCAAACUUGAUGCGCUGUGGGCUUUGGUUCGACGAGGCUAUGAUCAAGUGUCUCUUAUGAGACCACAGCCAGGGGAUAAGGGAAGAUGCAUAAACUUCACUCGGGUGAAAUCGGAUGGAACCUCUGCCCCUUACAGCCCACCUCCAAAGCUGCCACGGCGUGAGGAUGUCCCUCUCAACAACGCUCCCAGGAAUCCUCCUCCUCCUCCUGUGUCUCUGCAGCCCCCUUCCAGGCAACCUCCCCCCGGACCCCCCCCAUCCCGAGCACCCCCUGGACCUCCUCCUUCCCGCCCGCCCCCACAGCCCAUGGCUUAGAGCUCAGCAAAACCCUGAUCGACAACACAUGUCCCUUUGCUGAACACGGCAUAUUUAUUGAGUAUUGGUUUACAGUUAAAGAUAUCAGAAUUUGUUGCUGGUCAGCAAAAAAAAAAAAAAAUAAUAGAAGAAAAGGAAAAAAAAAAAAAAGAAAAAUUGCCACGUGUCAAUUGUAGUGUAUGAAUAUAUUUAUACCACACGUGCUGAGUAAGCGUUCAGUGGAUAGAUUCAGAGCUAUGGGAUAUAGAAACAAACCAAAACGAUCAUCUAGACACAGCAGCAGCUUUUGUAUGUAUACAUUUGAAGAUGUAUUUACAUAUGACAUUUGUCUGACUUGCUACGUCGGACCCUUCAGCAAUAACUUCAGCAGGGGCACGUGCAUCGGCUGUUCCGAUCGCUGCCGCCUGCGAGUUGGUUUAAACGUAGUUCAUUGAGGAAUUUGCUUUUGUUUUUCUUUUUUUCCCUGCAACAGUUAAUACGGAACAAGAAUUGCAAAGAUGACUUUUCUGCCUUUGGUUCUGCAGGUGGAAUUUCCAUGGAAGUUUAUAGGAGGGCUAUAGCAAUGAGGUAAAACAAGACUAUGUGCCAAUAAUCUGCCGAGAGCAAUCUAGCAGAGAAGAGACGUAUCUUUUUCUCCUGAGAAAAUGAGUUUGGAGCCUGCCAUCUCUGGGGGUGUUUAGACUUGGUCGCAUAGAGUUGCCACCAAAGGGCAGAUAAUUGGUUCUGGAAAUCCAAACCUUGUUCAAGACCUGGGUUCAGAUUUGUCCACAGUUCAGAGGAAUUUUGAGAAAAAACGUUUUGGCUAGGUGUUUAGUUUUUGUUUGCAAAAAAUGUGGUCCAAAAUGAAGCAAAUAUAUGUGCAAUUUGAGCACGAAUGCUGCGAUACAGUAUGUGUUAGUUGUAUCAUGUGUUAGUUAUAUCAGCAGCAUUGAGGGACUGAUUCCAUUGCUGUUUAAUUAGGUAAAUUUCCUUUUGAUGUCACUGCUGGGCAGAACUAGAUCCUCUUGUGAUUCCAACCUGAGUUCCUCUGUGAGGAGCUCUUUCUUCAGACAGCCCAGAUGCCACGGGUAUGGAGCCUUGCAGUCUGCCUGGGGUGGAGAGGCAUGGCGUGACGUGUCGGUAUGAGCUUUUACCCCUGGUCUAAAACAUGUUUGCUAGAGGAUUUCCCAAACCUUGUGACUGCUCCUCCGUGCCCUCAAUUCCCUGUGUCAUCAGAAAGUGGUGUGAGCACCCACACAGAGGUGGGAAUUUUUUGACGCGGGACUGUGGGACAGCCCAUGGAUAGUGUUCACUGAGCAACACCUGAGUGGGCUGUGCCCAGAUCAUUCCCUAGUGAAUCAAAAUAACACCCGAGCUUGCUUUUUUUUUUCUCCACCACUGCCUGUCACGUUGUACUGGAGAGGGUGGUUGCAGAUCCCUGUGCUGGUUUGCUUUGGCGCUGGCUGCGUUAUUAGGAUAGUUGCAGAAAUAAUGUUUAUGUUGCGUUAUGACACAGCAUAUACCUAUCUCUCCAUCUGGGUGUGGGUGUGUAGCACAUCACAGUGGUUAUUGGCACAUAAAUCCAGGAUAAAACACUAGCUCUAUUGAGCACUUACUCCAGAUUGAAGGCCUCUUCCUGCAGUUGUCACAGGCGUAUAAAGCUGCACUGGUACAAUCAGGAAUCAGAAACUUGCCUUUUUCCAGUGGGAGUCCCACUUGCAGAACUUCAUACCAAGCUCUCAUCUGUCUCUGCUGACCACUGUGCCAGGCCGUGUGUACGCAGCCGAGGCUGUCAAAGACAAACUCAGAAGAACCACAGAGCCUCUUCCUCCUCUUGCACGGCUCCGCUCUCUGCGUCACGCUCUUACCUCAUGUCUAUUGGUGCAGGUAGUGGAAUCACACUUGUGGGUGCCAGCUGGGCUCGGAGCUCUUCCUAAUUUAGGCCUGAGCCAGCAAAGCACUUCUGCAUGCAUUAAAAUGUCCUGCAGGUCAAGAGGAACAUCCUUAUGCCCAAGUACUUUGCUGAUCUGUGACCUCAUCGUUAUCAGCAAGAAUGGGGAUGCGCUCAACCCUUUCCUCAUUCUUUUUAGUCACUUGAAUAGGGUCUGCAUAAUUUGGUCUGUAAGACUGGCUUUCUGGUUGGAGGAGAGAGAAGUGUGUGUGUGUGUGUCUGUGUGUGGGGGAACUGGGAAGGUUUUUAUUUGGUUUCUUUUCCUUUACAAAAGUUGCUGGGAGAGAACGGAAAGGCCUUGUGCAGCCAGUGCAGCACACGCAGGGUCAGCACUUAAUCAUCUCCCUUUCCUUCAGCUGAAAGGUGAAACUAAAACACGACAGCUUUUCCACUGCAGUUCUGGUGAGGCUCUGCUUCUGACACCAGUGGAAGAAACAGGGUGACUCCAGUGAUGGGGUAGGGACCAGGACGUGGGGGAAGGUGCUCUACAAGCAGAAAUCAUCGGCUGACGUUAUUUUUUUUAGUAAUAAAAGGGAAAACUUGCUUACAGGAUUAAUAUCUGAUAAUAAAGUUGAAUUGAUGGCUCAGGAGUAAACUUUAGCUCAUGAAAAAGCCUGGCAGCCAGAUUUCAUGUUGCCUUGCACCUGUACAGAUCUGGAGAGGGGUCGGUAGAGCUGUUGCAGAUUUGUGUUGAUGUUGAUGUUGGUAGAAUUGGACUCGCUUCCAGUGAGAAUUGGAGGUGCUGGCUUAGGGAGGGCUUUUCCCAGUGGCUCCUCCAACAUGCCUGUUGUGUGCAGUUGAGGAGAGUGUUCUUCCUUGCUGGAAUAGCCAGUCUUGUAGAGAUUAGUGACAUUUUUUGCAUCACUUGCAAGUGCGGCAAGGGUAGGAGUGCUUUGGGCUUCCAGGUGAUCAGUUCCAUGUAUGAUAGAGCAGGAAGCACCAUGAAUUUGAAAAUCAGAUUCAGCAUAAAGGUAUUUAAAAGACGGGUAGACACAGUGCUUGGAGACAUGGUUUAGUGGUGGUUUUUAUCAGAGUCGGGUUGAUGGUUGGACUAGAUGAUCUUAAAGGUCCCUUCCGACCUGGACAAUUCUAUGAUUCUAUAAAUGGAGUUUAUUUGGGGUGUCACUCCAGUUCUGCAGCUGCUGUGAUGGGAGCACUGCAGGUUUAGUUUAGUUUAGUUUGCUGGUGAAGUGGGGGGAAGAGAUGAAUUACCUUUUUGCAAAGGGGGUGGUGGAGAAUAUUCUGUGCUGGUGACAGAAGGACCUUUUAGUUGCAUAGACACGUGUCUGUUCAUGGUGAUCUUGGGGACCACGACAACGCAGUAGGAGAAACCAGUUGUUAUUUUACUGUCUGUUGAGCUUGAUCCUUACCUGGUGUCCAUCAGCUCCAGGCUGACUGAAGUCCAGGCAGUAGUUCUGGUGUCUGUCAGCUGAGAGCUGGCUCAAAAUAAAUGGCUUGAUGCCUCGCUGUGUGUGUUCCGGUGUGCUCCUGCGCCAGGCGUGAUCACAGGCCUUACACUGCUCAGAAAUGUUCUCCUGUGGGAUGAUUCCCAUCUCUUUCAGCCCGUAGCAUCAUUUGAAACUUGCAGAAAGCGAGUGUUUAGAGAAUCCGAGAGAAAAAUGUGGAUUCUGGGGACCUUUGGCUCCCACGUAGCGCAGAUGUGAGAGGACACACGGUGGGAAGCAGCAGGGAGGGAAACCCCAUGGGCUCCAAGCUGCCGGAGAACUGCCUUGAUCAAAGCAUAUUUAUGGCCAUCGUUCGACCUCGGUGCGUGUCUUGCCAUCUGUGGGAGUAGCCUGCAGAGCAGACGGGCCUAAACGUGAAAAGAGGUGGGGGGAGGCAGGGAAGAAAAAAGGAAAAGAAUCAGCUCCUCUUUCUGAAUGAGCGAGCAUAACGAUGAAUGACAUUAUUUCCUGAACUGUACCAGUUCAAAUGCAUCUGCACCUGGUGCUCCUCAAGGCUUUUUCCUCCUGUUGGUCUUUAGACAACGCGAUCAGUAAUGUGCUUUCUCUCUUUAAUCGUUUUGCUGGUUUUAUUGUUGUUUUUGUUUUUUAAAAAAACACAUUUCACUGAGAAGACAGCCCUACUUCUGUAAAUAUAGAGUUUAAUUUGGAGGAGACAGCACACUUCUGGAUGUUACUGCUGGACAGUUAUUUAUUAAAAGGGGCUUAAGGUGAAUAAAUACAGGUGGCUCAGGAUACAUGCAUGCAAGUGUGAUAAUGCAGUAUAGCAUUUUCAGUUCUCUGUAGUUUUGGGGGAUUUUUGGGUCAUCCUAGUUUGUUUAGAAGUUUGUUACUGAUCUGAUACUUUUGAAUAAUGCAAUAGACAUUCCUAACAUAUAACAGUGCUUGAACAGAUGUGUAGAUUAUGGUAGAUUUUUCAUUUUUUUUAGGGGGGAGGGAGUAGCGAAGGAUAAAUGUUUUUGUUUUUUAAGGGGGGAACAAUGUACUGUACAAAAGGUUGUUUUUUUUUUAUAAAAAGACAUGUGUUUUCAGAAACAGUGGGGUUGUGGGCUGAUAGACAGCCGGGUCAUGGAGAUGAGGGACAGAAGGAGCAGUUGGGUUUUUUGAGGGACAUAGAAGUUUCAAGAGGGAGUGGGGGGGGUUUGUUACUGGUACAUGUGGUACAAAUUUUUGUAACUGACGUGCUGCUUCCGUGUUAUAAUCCUAUAACCUUUAUGCAUUUUACUGCGCCUGCUCCAUUUUUAUUUUUUUUUUCUGAGAAAAACCUUGCAAAUGUAAUGCCUGCAUGCAAAUGUGGGAGAUGUAGCCAAAGUCUUGUAAUCCAACAUAAUGUAGCCUUAAUGGAUUCAAAAUCACCAAUAAAAGUGCUUACUGGAUAAACACGA